AUGUCGGUGGCUGCCGAAGACCUGUCGAACGCAAUGAAUCCCGGACUGGUUUCGGGCGGCGUCUCGGGAGGAACGUCGGUCGAUCCCGGCACGAUGGGUACCACCGGAGGUGACGGCACGGCGGCCACCUCGGCAGCCCAGGCUGAUGGAGAGCAGGCCGCCGCGGUGCUCGAAGGCCAAGCCAACGCCGACCAGCAGCCCGAGGAGGCCGCAGCGGAGCCGCCUAAGCUGGCGUCGCAUACCGGAGUCGGGGGGACCACUCUGGACAGUGCGGUGGCCAAAACACUGGCUGCACACGGCGCGCUCACGUCGCUGUCGGUCACGGCCGGCGCGCUCAUCUACGACUACGCCAUGGACGGGGACCCGGCGCGCUCUCGUUCGGCCACCCUCGCUUUGCUCUCGUACGGCGCUGGCGACCUGGUCGGACGCUUGUGUUACGAGGCGCUUCUUGGCGACGGCGAGCACCGGAAGGUGUUGGCACUUCAGGCAAUGUGA